AUGGUCUCAUUCAUCUUACCUCGUAGUAGAUUUGAGGAUUUAACCACAACUGCUGUUAUUUUAAAGUUUGAGCUUCUUUAUGCUCCUACACUUGAGAAUGGACUAGCGUAUACCAUCUACAGAGCCGACGUGCAAGCUUCUUUAGAUGAUUCCCCUGCUGCUAUCCAUGAAUUCCGAAUUCCUCUUAAAGCUCUUUUAGGAUUGCAUUCGUAUUGUCCCGUCUAUUUUGAUGCUUUACAUGCAGUGCUUGUUGAUGUGAGUGUACAUGUUAGUCUACUAAAAGCUGCCUUUUUCUCAUCUGCAUCGAAGGGAUUUGAUGGAGCUGCUUCCCAAGAUGUGAAAGAUAUUUUGCUUGUUAAAGCAUUAUUGGCUUCUCGUAGUAUAUUGGUUGAAGAACUACAAAAAAUUAGCAAAGGAGUUGGUGAGACAGUGGAUAUUUCGGAGUUUAUGUCAAAAAUGAACAAUAAGAACAUACAAAAGUUUAUGGUGCAUGCGAAUCAAUAUGCAAUAAUUGAGGAAGUUUUAGGACAAGGCAAGCCACAAAAUGGAAAUGGUUCUCUGAAUGUUCUCCAUGUUUCAAAGUUCCAUUCCCUGUCUCAGAGUGAACUUUCAGACUGCUUUCAUUCAGUCGGAGAUCAAUUGUUCUAUUUAUGGAACAUAUUUUUGAAGUUCCAUAGGGAUAACACGGCAAAGGUUAUUGAAUUUUUACGUGAUGUAUGGGCUAAAGAUCGAAAAGUUGAGUGGUCAAUAUGGAUGGUGUAUUCUAAGGUAGAGAUGCCUCAUCAUUAUAUAAAUAGUGGGAAUGAUGAGUCCUCCCGUCGAAGUGGUAGUAUGCACAAAAGAGUUUCCAGUUUGUGGAAGUUACCAGGUGAGCCUCUUGAGACCGCGGCUACAUGUGCCGAACAUCGUCGAAGAAGCAUUGCACAAAUGCGGAUAAACAGCAGUUCAAUACAAGACAUGCAGAUAUAUGGAGAUCCUUUGCGUAUACCAGUGGUGAUUGUUGAAAGAGUGAUGAAUGUACCACGUCGUUGUACCAGUGAAAUGUCAUUCCUAGGACAUUUUGACUUGUUAGAUUCACAUUACUUGCCAACUGGCUCCAUCCCUGAUGCUAGAGGCAAGAAAUCUGCACCUCGAAGUAAUACUCGAGUAUUGAAGAUUGUCGUCUUUGUGCAUGGGUUUCAGGGGCAUCAUCUGGAUCUAAGACUAGUGAGGAAUCAGUGGCUUUUGAUAGAUCCCAAAGUAGAAGUUCUUAUGUCUGAUGCUAAUGAAGAUAAAACCUCUGGAGACUUCAGAGAAAUGGGAAACAGGCUAGCUCAAGAAGUUGUUUGCUUUAUCAAAAGCAAGAUGGACAAAGCAUCAAGAUAUGGGGAAUUGGGAGAUAUUAAGCUAAGUUUUGUUGGACAUUCUAUUGGUAACCUCAUUUUGAGAACAGCCAUAGCAGAUAGCAUGAUGGAGCCAUAUCUAAGAUUCCUACAUACAUAUAUUUCAGGAUCUGGCCCACACUUGGGAUAUCUGUAUAGUUCAAACUCAUUGUUUAAUUCUGGAUUGUGGUUUUUGAAGAAGCUAAAAGGCACACAAUGCAUUCAUCAGCUCAUCUUCACAGAUGAUCCAGAUUUCCAAAAUACUUUCAUUUAUAAACUGUGUAAGCAGAAGACCUUGGAACAUUUUAGGAAUAUUAUUUUGAUAUCUUCCCCUCAGGAUGGUUAUGUGCCUUACCAUUCUGCCAGAAUUGAAUCAUGUCAAGCUGCUUCCCGUGACACUUCAAAGAAGGGUAAAUUGUUUCUAGAGAUGCUGAAUGAUUGUUUGGACCAAAUCCGAGCCAACCCCUCUGAACAUCGAGUUUUCAUGCGCUGUGAUGUCAACUUUGAUGCCUCAGCUUAUGGAAAGAAUCUGAACUCUUACAUUGGUCGAGUUGCGCAUGUUGAAUUUCUGGACACAGACAUUUUUGCAAAGUUCAUAAUGUGGUCUUUUCCGGAACUAUUUCAAUAGCUGUUGCUCAUAUUUGUCUUCAAUUGUCCUAACUUUUUCUAAGGCAUAACUAUCUCAGCCAUGUAUGAGCCUUUUAGAGACCAGAAAAAGUGCUCAGAUUCAGUCACUGGGCAUUCAGGUGCAUAUAGAUAAGAUGUCUGAGUUGUACAUUCAUUUGCCUUAGCUUUAGAAAAAAGGCCAUGGACAUAUAGUGCAGUGCUGUAAUUAUUUUAGGUUAGGUAUAUCAUUUCAUACUCAAUGUUAAGCUUUUAUGCAAUUCAUAUCAAAAGGAGUUAAAGCUAACUUAGGUUGGGUCACUGGUCAGAAUACAUGAUUUAGUUAAAUCCAUGAAUCUUCAUUUGCAAUUUUUUUUUGGUAACUUUCAGACUGCUUUCAUUCA